GAGGAAGAGGAAGAAAACUAUGAGUCUCUUCCACAGAUAUCUAUAACAGAUGCUUUGGAGAGUCUAUAUAAACUCCGGCUUUUCGAGGAGCAGCAGGUGGAUGGAAAUAAGGCCUUAAUCCAGCAACUUCUCUUCCAUGAGAGGACCCUUUUGAGAAAGAAGGUUAGCAGACAGCAGCAGAGUGAUAUACGAGACUUCUUUUGUAAUUAG